CGGCCCCGCUCCCGGCACCCGCGGCCGGCCCAGCCCCUCCGGAGCACGGAGCAGGUUGUCGCGUGUCCGUGGGGGCUCGGGGUCGGAGCCCAGAGCAGCCAGCACCAUAGCGUCCAACAGCUGGAACGCCAGCGGCAGCCCCGGGGAGGGGCGGGAAGAUGGCCAGGACGGCAUGGACAAGAGUCUGGACAAUGAUGCCGAGGGUGUGUGGAGUCCAGACAUCGAGCAGAGCUUCCAGGAGGCGCUGGCGAUCUACCCACCCUGCGGCCGGCGGAAAAUCAUCCUCUCAGAUGAGGGCAAGAUGUACGGUCGUAACGAGCUGAUCGCCCGCUACAUCAAGCUGCGAACGGGGAAGACACGGACGAGGAAGCAGGUGUCCAGCCACAUACAGGUUCUAGCUCGGAAGAAGGUGCGGGAGUACCAGGUUGGCAUCAAGGUCUCUAGCCACUUGCAGGUUCUUGCCCGACGGAAAUCUCGUGAGAUUCAGUCCAAGCUGAAGGCCAUGAACUUGGACCAGGUCUCGAAGGAUAAGGCUCUGCAGAGCAUGGCUUCCAUGUCCUCGGCGCAGAUUGUGUCGGCCAGCGUCCUGCAGAACAAGCUCAGCCCCCCCCCUCCUCUUCCUCAGGCCGUCUUCUCUGCUGCCCCCAGGUUUUGGAGUGGGCCUAUCCCAGGACAGCCUGGACCCUCUCAGGACAUUAAACCGUUUGCACAACCAGCUUACCCCAUCCAGCCACCCAUGCCUCCAUCACUAGCCAGUUACGAGCCCCUGGCUCCGCUCCCGCCAGCUGCCUCGGCCGUGCCGGUCUGGCAGGACCGCACCAUCGCCUCCGCCAAGCUCCGGCUCCUCGAGUACUCCGCCUUCAUGGAGGUGCCCCGGGAUGCCGAAACGUACAGCAAACACCUCUUCGUGCACAUCGGCCAGACGAACCCCUCGUACAGCGACCCGCUGCUGGAGGCUGUGGACAUCCGCCAGAUCUACGACAAGUUUCCUGAGAAGAAAGGCGGCCUCAAGGAGCUCUAUGAGCGUGGGCCCCAGAACUCCUUCUUCCUCGUCAAAUUUUGGGCGGAUCUGAACAGCACAAUCCAGGACGGGCCAGGGACCUUCUAUGGUGUCAGCAGCCAGUACAGCAGUGCAGAGAACAUGACCAUCACAGUCUCCACCAAGGUGUGCUCCUUUGGGAAGCAGGUCGUGGAGAAGGUGGAGACGGAGUAUGCACGGCUGGAGAACGGCCGCUUCGUCUACCGCAUCCACCGGUCUCCCAUGUGCGAGUACAUGAUCAACUUCAUCCACAAACUCAAGCACCUCCCGGAGAAGUACAUGAUGAACAGUGUCCUGGAGAAUUUCACCAUCCUGCAGGUUGUUACGAACAGGGAUACCCAGGAAACCUUGCUCUGCAUUGCCUUCGUUUUCGAGGUCUCCACCAGCGAGCACGGCGCCCAGCACCACGUGUACAAGUUGGUCAAGGACUAGGGGCCCUUGGGGACAGGCAGGGGCACGAGGGGCGUGCAGGGGAGGGAGAAGGCCGUGCAGAAAAGCCACUCGUGCCUGUUGCCUUGCGAGAAACCAUUUGAAGACAGAAGGAGAAGGAGGAGGAAGAAAAACAAUAGCCAAAAAAGACUGACUUGUGAUCGCAGAUGUUUUCUACUUAGGAACAGUUUCUUUUUUUUUUUUUUAAAUAAAUAACUAAAAUUACCAAAAAAAAAAAAAAAAAAAGGAAGAAGAAGAAUGGGAAAGGAAGCGUAGGGAGAAAGGAAACCCACAUCCGGCGCUGGAGAGGGAGAGACCAGCCCUCGGUGUUGCUGAUGAAGGCCAGGACCCCACCGUGCCACCAGCAGCGGCAGCAGCAGCAGCGGCAGCAGCAGCAGCGGCAGCAGCCGCAGCAGCAGCAGCGGCAGCGGGACGUCGGAGCAGAGAAUGACUCCUCCCUCCUUUCACCCCCGCCCUCGCUCAGAAGUGGCCCCGGUCCUGAGUGGAGAGGAGCGAGCACUGAUGGUCAGGAGGAUGUAGCACCGUGCCAGGUCUGGUCCGACACCGAUGGGCAUGGCAGCGACAGCGGCGUUGGCAGCGCGUGGCACAGCCCAGGGGGCUGUGGGGACAGAUGUGCAGGGCAGGAGCAGGGCAGGGCAGAAUGGAGGAGGGGACACUGCCACCUCCCUAGGGAUGCUCCUUCUCUAUGCCCAGUGGCAGUGAAGGCAUGAGGGCAUCGACAAUGCAAACCAUGGCGUUUUAUGGCUCCUUUUUUCCCCCUUUUUUUUUUAAUUAAAGUGCUUUUUAAAAAGACACCAUGCUUGUAAUCAGGCUGAUGACCCUCUGCAGUGCCCAGGUGCUCCCCUCCCACCCUGCACGGGAAGUGUCUUGUUUAGGGAAAGGUUUGGGAUGUCUCCAUCUCUGGCUGGGUUUUGUGUGGGAUCCCCUGAGCUCUGCGUGCGCUUUCAGGAAUUGCACUUAGGGGUGGCCCAGGCUCAGUGUCCCCACUGUGGUUGCUUGCUGAGGAGUCAGGAGUAGAGAGCAGUGAGGGCAGAUUUGCCUGAUUUACUUUGCAUAUGUACAUUUUCCUUGUUUCUUUGUUUUUUUGUUGUUCCUUCACCUUUUUUUUGCCUUUUUUCUGCGAUGACUGUUCCAGACUGCUCCGUCCGCUUGCCUGCAUCCUGUGGGAGGUGGCCAGGGAGGUGACUUGUGCAGGGAAAAACAUAUUGAGCAAUGCAGGGCCAAGCUGUCAGUGGGCAGAGUUCGGGACAGAGAGGACAGAGACAGACAGGGGACAGGGAACAGGAGGGAUGCCAGGAUAAGAGACUGGGCCAGCUUGGAGGUAUUUUUGUGGCUGCAGCCCAAAGUAAGCAAAGGCAGCGUGCCCAGUCCUGAGGCUGCAAGGGCAGAGUCUGGGGAAAGCAUCCCCAGAGUGCAGGAGGGUCACAGAGGGACAGAGGUGGCAGGGAGCAGGGUGGCAGGAGGCUGGCAGAGGGACAGGGAGCCCGAGGUGGCCAGGUCUGAAUGGGUUUCUCAUGUUGUCAGGGGAGUGAAGGCAGGGGGAAGGAGGGUAGGAGUGUUUUUGAGGGGCACUGCAGCCCCUUAGGGAGGGGGACAGGGCAGGUUUAGGCUCAGUGUUGCCAGUGCAAGGAGCAGGAACAGCCCCAGAGCUCAGGAGAGUGCCUUGGCUGCCACCUUGAUGCCACGUGUCCUGUGAGGCAUGGGGACUUUGACCUCUUGCUGCUGGGAAAAGCCACCCAUCCCUGUGGGACAGGGCAGAGCCACCCUGGCCCUGUGCCAGGCCAAGGGCUCAAUGGUGGGACUGGACUGAGGCGGCUGCUGUGAGCAGGGCAGAUGGAGCAGGGGGGAAAGAGAGAGGGAAAAAUCCAAGGCCAGGCACUGGCAUACCAUCCCAGGGCUGUGCUGGGGCUCUCUGGCCAAGUUCUCAUAUGUAGCAUGUUUGUUUGUUGUUUCGUAGGUUUUGGGUUUUUUUUUUUUUUUCUUCUUCUGUUUCACUCACUGAUCUAAAAACUCUGGGAAUGAAAACUCAAAACUCCCCCACAUAAAACACAGGCGUGCCCCGCUCUCAGCCCUGAUGGGGGACGAAGCUCUUCGUUAACUGGACCGGUUUGUGCCUCCAUCCCUCCAUCCCCCCCUCCCUCCUGCCUGCACCAAGCCCAGGGCUCACACUGCACCCCACGCACACAGACUGGUGCCCCCAGCAGCCCUGGCCGGGGUUUAGUCAUGAUCCGAGACACUUUCUCAACUCCCCUGCUCCCCAGCCCCUCCGUUCUCCUCCAGUGUAUUUAUGAAUUUCACAUGAAGUACUGUUUUAUUUUUUUAAAGACUUUGUAAAGCUUACCAGGGUUACAAUCACCAUUUUUAGAGCUGCGUCAGUCCACAAUGUUAAAAAUCCAUUUUUUUAUGUAUGAUAUUUUUUGUGUAUUUUUUUUAAUCCAGCUGUGAUGGGUUGUAUCAUAUAUUUGUUGUGUUUACUGUAUCUGUCCAACUUCAAAGAGAGGAGACUGUGGAGCUCCGAAAAAACUACGGUCUGCUGAAAAAAAACCAUUAAAAUUAUUUGUUCAUGGGUUGGCUCAAGCA